UCUCAUUGAAGCAGUUUCUCUGUGCUGUGUGCUUCCUUCAGUUUUUGCCUUUGCAUGCAACUCUGCUCACUCCACCAGUGCUAACUUUUUUACCUGAGAUUAAAAGAUCAAAAGGGACUUACGUUUUUGUGUUUCAAGGCUCUUAUAGUUGAUACAAAAUACUGCUAAUAGUGAUUUUACUAUACUUGAAUAGUAUUAUCUUUGGUGAAGUUUUGGUGAAGGAUAUUUGUUAAAAAAUAUCAGGCAUUCCAAUCAAAGUCGGCAAAAAGGAAUGGAAUGUAAGAGAGGAAAAGAGAAGGUUCUAGCCAAAGAAAAAAACGUAAAAACGGCAAGGAAAAUUAGAAUUGUGUACACUGACCCUGAUGCUACAGAUUACUCAAGUGAAGAAGAAGAAGAAGAAGGAGAAGAUGAUGAUAAGUUGUUGAGAAAUGGCUAUGAGUUAAGUGGUUGCUCCAAGCGGGUUGUGAAGGAAAUCUUGCUUCCAUGCAUGCAAAACAAGUUACAAGAAGAGAAUUCAUCACAAGAUGUAAACAGUGAAAAGAUGAAAGGAAGUCCAAUCGAAUUUUCAAGUAGGAGGAUGAGGAAACCAUCAAGCAUGUACAAAGGUGUUCAACGUAGGAAAUGGGGGAAGUAUGUGGCAGAAAUCAGAGACCCUAUUCAAGGGGUGAGAGUGUGGCUUGGUACAUUUGAUACUGAACAGGAGGCUGCUAUGGCUUAUGAGAGAAAGAAGAAUGAGUUUGAAAGGUCGAGAAAAAGGGAUGCAGUGGCUUUUGACAGUUCCAAAGAAGUGUUGUUUCAUGCAUCUCCAUCGUCAGUUCUUGAUGUCUGCACUACAAAAGCUUCACUAGAUGUUAGUGACCUGAAUGAUUCAGUCAAAGAAAAGUUCAAUGUGGAAAAGGUUGGUGAAGGAGGAGGCAAUGAUGUGGAAGCAGUUAACAGUGAAGAUAAUUCAACACAGCUUUUGCUGGAGGAGCCAGUUAUGCCAUCAUUGUUUGGUUAUGAUGGUUUCUGUUUGGAUGAAGCAGAGAAAAGGGGAAUUCUGCUUGAUGAAGAGUGUUAUAAUUUCUUGGACAAUGACAUCAAAGGUGGUUUUAUGUGGAAUGUGGAACAUGGGGAUACCACUGUUCUUCCUCCUGUGGACAGUGCUUUUGAUGAGUUAGCUUGGAUUGAUGAAACUCUAGAUUGGGAAAGCUCAUAAAAUUUUUUAGUCACUUGUUUGGACUGGUUUUUGCAUUAGUUUAUCUGAAACAAAAUUUUUUUCAUAAGUCAAAGUUAUUAUGUAUAACUUACAAUUAAAAGUUUAGAU